CCAUUCAUAAACCAUUAUAUAAGAGGGGUGGAAAAUUAGUUGUUUCUCACAAUAGUGUCACACACACACCAAUUUCAAGAAAUCAAAGAGAAAAAAUAGUACUAAAAAUUCCAUGAGUUCUCUAUCUGUUCCCCACAAACUUCCCAUUAUUGAUUUCACAAUAGAGAAUUUGAAACCAGGGACAAAUUCAUGGUCCAAAGCACGUAAAGAAGCUGUUUGUGCUCUUGAAGAGUAUGGUUGUUUCGUAGCAUUGUAUGAUAAAAUUUCAUCAAAGAUUCAUGAUGAUGUUUUUCAAGCAUUAAAGGAGUUGUUUGAUCUUCCCACUCAGAAAAAAGUCCAAAAUAAGUCUAGCAAACCAUUGUAUGGUUAUGUUGGCCAAAUCCCAUUUAUUCCUCUUUAUGAGAGUAUGGGCAUUGAUAAUGCUAAUACACUUGAAGGAAUCCAAAAUUUCACCAAUUUCAUGUGGCCUAGUGGAAACAAUCCUUUCAGCCAAGCUUUCCUAGCAUACUCGGAAGCAGCAGCAGAACUAGAAGAAAUGGUAGUGAAAAUGGUUUUUGAGAGCUAUGGUGUAGAGAAAUACUAUGAAACACACGUCAAAUCAGUGAAUUAUUUAGCAAGAGUAAUGAAAUAUAGAGAAGCCCAAGCAGAAGAAGCAAAAUUGGGAUUUGUUGCUCAUACAGACAAGAGCUUCAUGUCAACAAUUCAUCAAAAUCAAGUUAAUGGUUUGGAGAUCAAAGGGAAAGACGGUCAGUGGUUCGGAGUUGAGCUUUCCCCUUCCUCCAUCGUCGUCAUGGCCGGCGAUGCAAUCACGGCAUGGAGCAAUAACAGGAUAAAAGCUCCACAUCAUAGAGUGAUGAAGGAAGAGAAAGGAGCAAGAUACUCCAUUGCACAAUUUUCUUUUAUGGAAGAUUCAUUUAUGGUUGAAACACCAAAAGAGCUGAUUGAUGAAGAGCACCCUUUACUAUUCAAAUCAUUCAACCAUCUUGAUUAUCUUCAUUUCUUUAGCAAAGAGGAAAACAGAAGGCUCGAAUGUGCUCUCAAAACAUACUGUGGUGUUUGACAUGUAAAUUACUUGUACUAUUUUAAUUUCCUCGAGAUAAAAGAGGGAAACAAUAUAUAAGUUUCAGUUAAUUAAUAUGCAUGGCUUUGGUGUAAA